UAAUGCAGGCGUCUUACAACCAAAAUUGUAAGUUUCCUGGUUAUUUCAUCUAAGGAAGUAUUUCCUUAUAUGCGUUUUAUUUGUUGCGAAGUUUUUUUUAGCUAUUUGACAUGAAGAAUGACAUUAAACAUAGAAUAUAAUACGUGUAAAAAAAAAAGUUAUCCAGCAGUUGCAUUUAUGAGUACAAUUUGCAAAAACCCUAUUCCCAUAUCGCCAGUGACUUCUGGUCGCUUUUGAGCGCAAUUAUAUGGUCGAGUAUGAUUGGUCGAUAGACGUGCCCAUCAUUUGAAACCCGCCUCCCCGCCCCUAAGCCGUCCCAUUCAAAGACGCGAAUCAUUUCCUUCUUGGAGACUGUAUUCGGUUGCCGGCUUUUUCAUUUUUUUACAUCUUCUGUCAAACUGACAGUCGGUAGACGGUGCGAAGGCGGUACAAUCGGUGAUAAUCUACGGCAAUAUACCUGGGAUAAUCAAGUUGGAAAGACAAAGAAGAGGAGGGGGAGGGAUUUCCUCACCGGCAUGGCAGAUGUGGAGCCGCGCCGUCCGACUGAGCAUCCAGCUCAUCACUCACCGGCAGUGGAGUGAGGGCAAGGCGGAAAACAGCUGGGCAAUUCCUGUGGAUUAAAACAAAAAAAGCCGCCACCUGGACUACGUCGGGCGUGUGUGGGGGGGUAGUUCGUGACACGAAUGCCUUUCUUAUUAAUGGAUGUUUUUUUUUUUUUUCAUUUAUAAUAUGUAGCUAUAAUCCACGAGACGCGUAUUUGGCUUGAAUUUAUAUAUUUUUUUCUUUGGAUUUAAAGGAAGUUUUUAACAUAUUUUGUAUAGAAGGUUUUACUUGCUGGGACCGUCGGAGCUUUGCCACGCUGUCCGACCAGUAGCAUGCAGCAGCAGAGAUCAUUCGUCUCCCCGCUGCUGAGCGGUGUAUUCUGUCAGUGCAGCUCGGCGGACGAUGCCCAUUGCUCCCCAGAUUCCGGUGUAGGUGCUGGUACCGGAUUUGGAGCGGCUGGGACUCCAGCACACAAGCCCUGGGACUGCCCGCUAAACGAUCCCCCAAGCGCCCCUCACGGGAGCUUGCACCCGUGCGGCGGCGCGGUCUGUGGUGGCCCCGACCAGGAGCACCGGCUCAAGGUCUUGUUCCAAGUGCUGGACGUCAAUAAGGACGGGGGAAUCUGUGUGCAGGACCUGACCAUCGGCCUCAAAAAGCUGGGUGUUCAUCGCACUGAGAAUGAGCUUAUGAAAAUUGUAAAAGCCGGGGACAAGGACCUAGAUGGACAGCUGGACUUUGAGGAAUUUGUCCACUACCUUCGUGACCAUGAGAAGAAGCUGAGGCUCGUUUUCAAGAGUCUAGACAAGAAGAAUGAUGGUCACAUUGACUCACAGGAGAUCAUGCAGUCCUUGAAGGACCUCGGGGUACACAUCUCAGAGCAGCAGGCGGAGAAGAUCUUAAAAAGAAUCGGGAGGGGGCACAUCUGGGCUCCAUUCGCGUACAUGGAUAAGAACGGGACGAUGACAAUCGACUGGAACGAGUGGAGGGACUACCACCUGCUUCACCCUGCCGACAACAUCCCAGAGAUCAUCUUGUACUGGAAGCACUCCACGAUAUUUGAUGUUGGUGAGAGCUUGCUGGUGCCAGACGAGUUUACGGCAGAGGAGCGGAAGACUGGGAUGUGGUGGCGACACCUGGUGGCAGGAGGAGGUGCAGGCGCCGUGUCCCGUACAUGCACUGCCCCGCUGGACAGGCUCAAAGUACUCAUGCAGGUCCACGCCUCCAGGCGUAACAGUAUGAGCAUGACUGGAGGCUUCAUCCAGAUGAUCCGUGAGGGCGGGCUGCGCUCACUGUGGAGGGGGAAUGGCAUCAACGUCAUCAAGAUCGCUCCUGAGUCCGCCAUCAAGUUCAUGGCCUAUGAGCAGAUCAAACGCUUGAUAGGAAUCAAGCAGGAGUCCCUUGGGAUCAUGGAGCGGCUGGUCGCCGGUUCCUUGGCAGGAGCCAUCGCUCAGAGCAGCAUUUACCCAAUGGAGGUCCUGAAGACCCGGCUGGCCUUGCGGAGGACCGGCCAGUACUCUGGCAUCGUAGACUGUGCCAAGCAUAUCUUCCAGAAGGAGGGACUUGCGGCGUUUUACAAGGGCUACGUUCCCAACAUGCUGGGCAUCAUUCCCUACGCGGGUAUUGACCUGGCCGUGUACGAGACACUGAAGACCUCAUGGCUGCAGCGGUAUGCCACAGACAGUGCCGACCCUGGUGUGUUUGUGCUGCUGGCCUGUGGGACCACCUCCAGCACAUGCGGCCAGCUGUCCAGCUACCCGCUGGCACUGGUCCGAACCCGUAUGCAGGCUCAAGCCUCCUUGGAGGGCGGACCUCAGAUGACCAUGACUGGACUCUUCAGACAUAUUGUGCGGACAGAAGGAGUGACUGGGCUUUACAGGGGCAUCGCCCCGAACUUCAUGAAGGUCAUCCCAGCGGUCAGCAUCAGCUACGUGGUGUACGAGAACCUGAAGGUGACCCUUGGUGCAGCGUCAUAGCAAGUCAAGGCCAGCAGAUCCACAGUGGGGCACUUUCAGUAGUUUAAGGGACAUAUGGGACAAGCCUGGAUCAAAUACCCACUCCCCCUCCCCCGAGUAUUUGCACAGUCAUCUCAUCAGUGGGAAUCCAGAGGAUGGUGGGUAGGUUCAGAGACUGUAGGGGGUGGGAGAAGAUAACUGACACUGCUCUGGGGGAAGAGGACGAAUCAUCACACCUGCUUCUAGUUUAUUUAUUUAUAGUGGGUUUUUUUUGUGUUUAUGACUUUAAUUGUAUUUUAAUCAUCAGGAAAUGAGCCACAUUAUCUCCAAGUCACUGCAGGGCCCUGAUAUUAUAUAUUUAAUAAUAAAUGCAUGUAAUGUAAAGGCUGCAAAAGGUUAGAGUGGUAGCACUUCCUAGGAGGGAGGAUACUUGUUUUUUGAGUCUGUGCUGCCAAGUGGCCGCUUAUUCCAGCUUUUAGCAACUUCAACGUAUGCAGUGCCAGUGCCUCCCAGCGGGUGGCAGUGUUGAUCAGCCAUGCUGGUUGUAAGGAUAUUAAUACGAAACACAAAGUACAAAAGGAUUGGUUUGCUUUUGUUUUGUUCAUCUUAAUUUAACUAUAUAUAUAUAUAUAUAUAUAUAUAUAUAUAUAU